GUUAUAGAUGGUCUCCUUACCAGUUUAAAGAUAAAACGAUGAAAUAGAACGCAGUAUAACUUUCGAAAACUCGCUUCUACGAGAGUAGCCUUUUAUCUUGUACCAUCGUGAAAUUCAUUAGUGUGCAGAUCUAAUGAUGUUUUACUACGCUCUCUUAGCUCUCGCCCCUUUCGUGGUGGCAUGUACUAACCCGGACACUGAUCCUUGUGCCUCGUUCAUGACAGCCCAAGCUGCUACGGCUUCGCGCUUUUGUGCUACUUUCACGCGGUCAACAGUGACGGCUACUACGGCUCUUCCGGCGUGGGCAUCCGUGUGCUCGAACAAGCCCACUGCUCUUUCUAAGGAAUGCUCAUGUGCCUUCAAUGGUGGCACGACAACCACCACCACUAAGGCCACUACUACUACCCUGACUACUACGACGAGAACAACAACUGGCUCUGGAGGUGGUAGCACCGGCUCUUGCAGUUCGCCGAACUAUAGUCUCCAGGGAUAUGGUGCUGGCACGACCGGUGGCGGCAGUGGCGGUGGUACUAAAGUCACCUCUUGUGACGCUCUUGAGUCUGCUGCUGAGAGCGGCGGCGUUAUCACCAUCUCGGGUGUCUUGGAUGGUUGUGGCAUCAUUGACCUGGCCAGCGACACUACUGUCAUUGGAUCUGGGUCGAGGUCCGGCUUGACGAAUGGCGGUCUCCGAAUCAAGAGGGCAUCGAACGUCAUUCUCAAGAACCUUUACUUCCAUAACCCGCCCAAGGGCAAGGAUCUCGUCGAGAUCCAGUAUUCCUCCAAGGUCUGGGUCGACCAUUGCGAUUUCUCUACCGAGGGUCUCACUGGUGACAAAGAUUACUACGAUGGAUUGCUAGACAUCACUCACGGAAGUGACUAUAUCACAGUGUCAUGGAAUAAAUUUCACGAUCACUGGAAAGGCUCCCUUGUCGGCCACAGCGACAGCAACAGCUCCGAAGACAAGGGAAAGCUACACGUAACCUACCACCACAACCACUUCACCAACGUGAACUCUCGUCUGCCGUCCUUCCGCUUCGGCACGGGUCACGUCUACAGCUCGUGCUUCGAGAACAACCCCACGUCGGGCAUCAACAGCCGUAUGGGCGCGCAGAUGCUGAUCGAGGGGAACUAUUUCUCCUCUACGAAGCGCGCCAUCGUGACUGAUCUUGACAGCGACCAGGAUGGGUACGCUGUUGAGAGGAAUAAUAUCUUUGUUGAUAGCACGACUGAGAUCACGCAGACUGGGUCUUUAUCGCCGCCUUAUGCUUAUAGACUCGACCCGGCAAGUUGCAUCUGCGGUUUUGUUAAGUCGUUCGCUGGCCUAGGGGUCGUUUAGGUUGUACUCUGGGACCCCUUGGCAAUGCUAGUAAUAAUUCGUUCUAAGGUGGGUAUAUAUGGUAUACUGUGAGCGGAGCAUUGCCAUGAGGAGAGCCUGGAGAUGCAUUACUUUGGGAUACUACAAUACACGUCACUCUGUAUCUGGUU